CGAGCAACGGGGAAAAUCCGCUCGUUUGCAUUCGGUCCAGUGGAAGCGGGUUCCAAGUCGAGCUUCCAGCUCUUUGUCGCAUUGAGCUCAAAUGCGUUGGAAGUGUACAACGUCCCUCCUCCGGUCAAGUCGAAAGAAGAACCGCCGCAGGCGACUAGACAAUUCUCUGUUGAUCUUCCUGGCCAUCGUACUGACGUCCGAUCACUCUGCCUGAGCUCGGAUGAUCGGCUCCUGGCCUCGGCUUCGAAUGGUUCGUUGAAGAUCUGGAAUAUGAAAACGACAUCGUGCAUUCGGACCAUGCAAUGUGGAUAUGCGAUCUGCAGUACGUUUUUACCUGGAGACCGCCAG